AUGGGCAACUCUCAGACUAAAGAAGCACGUGGCCACGGCUCCUCUGGCCCUCGUGUCACCGACAGUGCAAGCCUAUCCCCACGGCCAGAUGGGCAACCGAACGGAUCAGAGCCUUCCCUUCGCCCUGGGCACCCAUCUCGACAGCGGAGAGGCAGCCGACCAGACCUCUCUUUCCUCGGCAUAGGCGGAAGCAGUGAUCAAGAUGCGACCUCCCUUGAACAGCGUCGCGAGACAAAGGUGGAAAGGGAGGCCAGAAAAACAGAAAAGGAAAGAGCAGCCAGACUCAAGGAGCGUGAGCGCAGUAUGAAAGAAGAGCAUGUUGACGGCGGAUAUCUCGUCACUCAAGGCGUUUAUGUCGGUACAGAGGACUUCAACAAGGCAAUCGUGCGGCAGCUUAUGAUUGAGCGACGCCUGGCUCCGUUCUGGAGAGGACUCAACGAUUACUCGGAGUCAUGGGCCGAGCAUCAGUUGAUGGCUGCCGCUCGAGGCAUGACCAUUCCUCCAGCCGACGAAGUGCCUCCCGAGCUCGAAUAUCAGCUGGCAAAAAAUGUAACCAAGGAUUGGAACAAAGAAUCCGCCCUGAAGAGUCUCACAGUGCCGAUUGGAGGCAGGUCACAGUCCUUUCAGUCAGAUAGUUCCGGCCCGCUGUCUCCUACUCUCCAGUCACUCCCACUUCCAUCUCCCGGUUCACCUCCAUUAUCUGGCUCACCUGGCGGCACCACUUUCAGAGCUCGUGCAAAAACAUUGGCAUCUCUGGCAACUUCAUCACGAGGUAAUUCGCAUGCCAAUAUGACGCCUAGAGAACUCCAGCUGCCGCACGAUCCUUUUGUCAACGGCCAGCCCAUCGAGGUCUACCUAUACAAGGACGCAGCGGAAUGCCCGAUCUGCUUCCUAUAUUAUCCUCCAUAUCUCAACACUACUAGAUGCUGCGAACAGCCAAUUUGUUCGGAAUGCUUUGUGCAGAUCAAGCGACCUGAUCCUCAUCCACCGGAACACGAGCAACCAGAUCCGAAUGCGCCGCCCGUGUCGGAAGCGGAGCAAGAAGCGCAAGCAGAUGGUCUACUCGUCUCUGAAAUCGCAACUUGCCCCUAUUGCAAGACUCCUGACUUCGGUAUUACCUACACACCACCUCCGUUCCGCAGAGGGCUUGCUUAUGGCCAUGGAUCUCAGCCAUACCAAGUGACGUCGGCUAUGUCGUCUCAAACCUCAUUCUCCUCUGGGAACUUAUCGCCUGGACCUGGCCGUAGGCGGGGCACGUCUUUGUCUGCAAACGCUCCCGAAGUCAUUACGACCGACAAAAUUCGUCCUGACUGGGCGAACAAGCUAGCUGCCGCUCGAGCACACGCUGCUCGACGGUCCGCCGCAGCUACGGCUCUGCAUACAGCAGCCUACCUGAUGAAUGGUCAAGCCGCUGAUUCUCGAGCCUUUGCCGCAUUUAGUCGCCGUGGCGUGCUAAGGCGACCGACUUUAGAAAGCGGUGAAAACGGUCCCAGCGCAAGUAUGAAUGCGCUUGCUAUGCUAGCAGAAAGACAUGCACAGCGCCAGCAAGAUGCUGCUGGUGAGACCCGGGCUAGCGCCUUUCUGCCACCUCCACGAGGUAGUAGCUCUCGGCGAAGUCGAAUGGACGACCUAGAAGAUAUGAUGAUGAUGGAAGCCAUAAGGUUGAGUCUGGCCUCUGAAGAGGAGCGUAGAAAGAAAGAAGAAAAAGAAGCCAAGAAAGAGGCGAAGAAGAAAGACAAGGAGAGCAAGAAGGCCGAGAAAGCAGCUCGCAAGAACAGUCUUUUCAACGUGAACUACAACGGUAGUAAUGGAGAUGCAUCGAGCAGUCAGAUGGAGAGGUCACAAAGCAACCUUUCCUUGGGCCAGGACGACGAGUCCACAACUAGCAAAGGCAAAGGGGUCGAACGGAGCGAGUCGCCGCCUGUCGACGGGACAAAACCCGAGGACGAGCCGCCACGGCCAUUCUACGUUCCAGCCUUGUCGCUUUCUGGAACCGCCAGCCAGGAGUCUGUCGCCAGUUCUAUUCCGAUACCUACGGCGGCGGAACCCUUCAAGCGCUCCCAUCUGCGACAGAUGUCGAAUGCUUCAUCUACUUCGUCCUCGUUCGCUGAGCCGGGUCCAGCAGCAACAUUUCCGGGCACAGGAACCCCACCGCCUGGGAGUCUGGAGCCCAUGUUUAAUUUCAGAAGUCUUGCCGCUAUGAUCGGAGAGGACGAGAAAGAUAACGACAGUGCUCAUGUUGAAAAUGCUGCACGCGAUCAGUCACCCAAGAUCCGGAAAGACCCUGAGGAUGAGAAUCCCUUCAGAGCGGAUGAGGACUCUAGUGUUGACGAUUUGAGUCGUGCUGCGUCCUCAAAUGCUGAUUCGAAGCAGCAGAAUAACACAGGUGCGGCAGAGACAAAAGCACAGCCUGUUGUCGAAGCAUCUGCAACAGUGUCACAUCUAUGA